CUUGACGCUGCUUUAGUUUCUUGUUCGGAGCUUCAGUUUGAACUUCAUGUUCCACAAACUCCCCCAGACUGACCGCCGAGUCUCUGACAGGUCAUGAGCCGGGUCCGUCAACUGGACGGCAGGAACAACAAGACAUGACCGGAAGCUUUAAAGUUAACCCGAGUUUAACAGAAACGGUCGGUCGGUUUGUUGUCUUUCAUUGAGCCCGAAGAAGGAACAACUUCUGGCCGAGCGGAGCCGUUGGAGAGCCGUUGGAGAGCCGUUGGAGAGCCGUUGGAGAGCCGUUGGAGCUCCGCGCGAGAAAGAACCGUUAAAAACCGUCACACAGACUCAGAGUAGUAGUUCAUUUCACCACCAUGCUGAAGCUUAGAGCUCUCCGACCGGCUGUGGAGAGGUUACCGCCGGCUGUGGUAGUGGUGUCGAGGCUGCCGGUGGUAGGGCGACACACACCCCGCUGCUGGAUGGGAACACACGGGAGGAACGAGCCCAGGGAUCCGCUGAACUCCCCACAGAGAGUCAAAGACUUCAUCUACCGCCUCCAGCCCACGGAGAGGACCAGUCUGCUGAGGGAGCUGCAGAGCUUCGAGUCCAUAGCCAUUGCUCAAGAGACCCUGGAGCCCUCGCCGCCGACUUCAGCCCAGAUCAGAUAUGUUUUAGUCCAUAAUGCCAUCCCCUUUGUUGGAUUUGGUUUCCUGGAUAACGCCAUCAUGAUCGCAGCGGGAACACAGAUUGAACUCUCUAUCGGAGUCACUCUGGGGAUCUCCACCAUGGCUGCUGCGGCACUGGGGAACCUGGUUUCAGAUCUGGCAGGUCUCGGUCUUGCAGGUUAUGUGGAGUCUCUGGUUUCCAAACUGGGGAUGAAUGGUCCAGAUCUGACGCCCAAACAGGUGGACAUGUGGCAGACCAGGGUCAGCUCUCACAUGGGUAAAGCCAUCGGAGUCACCAUCGGCUGCAUUUUGGGGAUGUUCCCGCUGUUUUUCCUGAACGACGAUGACGACAAGGAGAAAAAGAAGAAGGAGAAGGAGAAGGAGAAAGAAGCACAACCCUGCAGCGACACAGCGUCUCACUCUUCCUAACAAGCCACUACAGCUCACCUACAGACUGGCUACUGCUGAUGUCAACUUAAAACAAGUAUUUAUAGUUUCUCUGUCCUCCUGCUCGAGGCAGCGUUCACACUUCUUCUGUGUCCAAAACCCUCUAAAGCUGUUUGUGUAAACUGAUCUUCUGAUGCACCAAGCUGUGGUGUUCUCACACUGUGUGCUCCAUCCAGACAUGCCAUCUGGUAAUUCAGUAUGUCAGUUUAAUGGGGAUUCACUCAUUUUAAAUUCACUCAUUUUAAAUUUUGAUGAGGGAACUUAUCACUUCUCUUUCUCAUUCACUUUUUAUUUCCAACAUGGUCGGACAACACGUUCUGAUGGAGCACCAGUUAUUGGUGAUUACUGAGUUGAAGCGUCUGACUCGGUAUCAAUGGGAAGAAGUUGGAUUGGUACAACCCUAAUCUCAGAUCCCAUCGGCCAUCGGUCUAACGGCGGAUAAGCCUCAAGAGGCAAGGGGCUAUAUUUCUGGGGUUCCAGUGUAGCCAGUGGAUAUACGGGCCAAGACUUCAUCUUCCGUGCGAUGUCAUUGUUUACAGUCCGAUUAGCAACUUGAGAUGCGAGACUGGAGUUUGAGUUGAGAGAGGACGCAUGCGACGGGAUUGUUUCACAAGUAGCCAGUUUACAAGCUGAUCUUUAAACCUAUAAAAAACUAAAUCAUCGUCAGACGAUAGCCGGUGCAUUUCGUCCAUUUAUGGAAAGUUAAAGUUACAUCUCCUCUCUCGUACAAUUCCCAAGUCUCCGCUGCUUCACUCAGAUUAGCUCUCAAUCACAGCUGUCAAUCAUGACGUCUCAGCCCCUUUUUAUAGCGUCAAAUAACUAAUUAAAACCAAACGUAUCAGAAAUAAUGAAUCAGCGUGAUAAGAACUAGCUAAAAUGACUGAAACCAUCUUUGGGGAAACAUUUAUUUGAGGUGUACUUUGAGUUUUAGUUUGGCUCAUGUCCCUUUCACUAACAUGGAGGGGGGCGGGCUUUAUGAGCUAUACUGCAGCCCGCCACCAGGGCGGCGAUCCAGAUGUUUUGGCUUCACUUUUGGGGAGCUGUCACGUCGUCCAUCUUUAUAUGCAUGCAUCUAUGGUCAAUACUACUCAGACUACAAACGGAAAACCACAUAUGAAUGCAGAAUCUGUUUAUAGAGAUCAGGACAACCCUAAUGAAUGCAUAACCUUUCAGGUGCUAGACAAAAAAAACUCAGUCUUUUGCAUGUAUAUUGCCUUUUUUUAACUAGGUUUCAAGAAUGUGACCUAUCUUUUCCAUUGUGCUGAGGCUCAGUGAAGCUAAAUCCUUAGAAAUGAGAGGAUUUGGUUGUCAGUGGAAACCAAUCUUAGAUUUCCAUCUCAGUUUUUUAACACAGAACAAAUGGGUUUUGUGAACGCUGCCUGAGUAGCUCCCAGGAUGGGAAGUGCUCCACUGUCUCAACACCUUCAAUACAGGGUAUUAGACGUCCUUCCUCUUUCCCACAGAGGACGGGGUGUGAAUCCAAAAAAUCCAGUUCCCUAUUUUGCUGUUUAUCAGCCACCAGUUCAGAAACAUCCAGGUGUGACUGGUGGUCGCUUCCCAUCCUGACAGUAGAAACACAAACAGCAUGAAGUGGAACACUAUAUCUCGUGUUUAACAGACACCUUUGACUGUCUUGUCCCUUUUGUUAUUUGAAAGAACGGCACAUAUUUGGUUCUUGUUCUUCAGCAGACACUUUAUACAUUUGAAGACUUCAUCUCCAAAACACUAUUAUGUCCAUUUUGGGUCAAAAACAGUUUCUCAUUACUGAGCUGAAACUGAGCAGACCUUUCAGUGAUGAAUAUACAGUCGCUGCACCUGAGUAUCGGCAGUUAGGGCCUUAAAGUUUUACCAAAAAAACAACAACAAACUAUGUAAAAUAAAAGGAACAGUGUCCACUGCUACCUCGAGGAGAAUCUUGUAGGUGUUUUGCAUGAAGAACUAAUGUAGCUCUAUAAUCAGACUUUUUUUUAUUUUCUUGUCAGAUGGUUUUUAAUAUGCUGGAAAGUCUUCAAAUGUUUUGUACGGGUUGAAGCAGGCGCACGGUGGUGAUACACACUACUUGGAAACUGAAGUUGCUAUUUUCAGUUUUGGGCUCUACACCGAUGUUUGCUCUCCAAGGUUGUUUCUGUAUCUCUGUUUUUCUGUGUGCACCAUCUUUUUCUUCUCCCUUUUCUCUCGUGGACGCUUGACUUGCAUCCAGCUGUCUGUGUAAUUAGUGUUUUUUUAGGUUAUGAUGGUUAGAGUUGGGAUUUGCCUCAUAAGUUUCAGUGAUUUCUGUGACUCAAACUUUCUCUUUCUUUCUGUCUCUCUCUCACAUAGACUCCCGGUGCUUUAUGUGAAGCCAGUUGAUUAUUGUCUUCUGUUCACUGUUACUGGCUAAAAUCUAAAAUCAC